AUGGAUGAGUCGGCGCUGGAGCGUUUCUUUGACAACUCUCUUGCAAAUGACUCUGGAUACAUGCUGGGGGAGGAGCUUGGCCUCCAAAGCUCCACCUAUCAUGUACAAGACCCCGCCCCUCCCAUCGGGGAGAAGUCUGAUGACCUUGACCUCAGUUUUCUGCCUGAUGACCUCACAGAACAGGAAGACUCAGCCGCAAAUGUCCAGAUGCUCGGCUUGUCGCAGGACAGCGGUAUCUGUAUGGACAGCUCCCAGAAUUCCACAGUGACUGAGUCCCAGCAGGAAGCGCCCGCACUGGCCACAGAAGCAUCAUCCUUCUAUCCUAUGAUCCCGAUGACGCCCAUGACCCCAGUGACCCCGAUGACUGAGAGGUCGGGAAUCAUCCCGCAGUUACAGAACAUCGUGUCCACAGUGAACCUGGGCUGCCCUCUGGAUCUGAAGUUCAUCGCCUUGCAGGCCAGAAACGCAGAGUACAACCCAAAGCGUUUUGCGGCAGUCAUUAUGAGGAUCCGAGAGCCCAGAACUACAGCCCUGAUCUUCAGCUCUGGGAAGAUGGUCUGCACAGGGGCCAAGAGUGAGGAGCAGUCCCGGCUGGCGGCCCGUAAAUACGCCCGCGUGGUGCAGAAGCUCGGCUUUCCUGCUCGGUUCCUGGACUUUAAGAUCCAGAACAUGGUGGCCAGCUGUGACGUCUGUUUUCCCAUCAGACUGGAGGGACUCGUCCUCACCCACCAGCAGUUCAGCAGCUAUGAGCCGGAGCUGUUUCCUGGUCUGAUCUAUCGGAUGGUGAAACCUCGAAUCGUUCUGCUCAUCUUUGUGUCGGGGAAAGUCGUCCUAACAGGAGCAAAAGAGAGAGCUGAGAUCUAUGAGGCCUUUGAAAACAUCUAUCCCAUCCUGAAGGGCUUCAAGAAGCAGUGACAGUUGUGCAAUAUGUUACACACUGUGAGACGUUCAGGUCAUUUCUGUUAAAACCAAUGCUGAACUUUCAGAAUUUAUCUUAAUCAAAAAAAGUUUAUUUUGUUUUUCACUUACUAAAUAAGUUAUAUUGUUUUUCAGGUUUUCUGAAAAUUUCAGCUUUAUU